AUGAACGGAGUUUGGGAAAACAGAGACUGGAUUGAGAGUGGUGCUUUCCAACAACAGUCCUUGAAUGUAGUUGAGGCAUCAUAUGAUGUUUCCAUUGAAAUAGCAAAGAAGAAGAAGGUCCACACGAUUGCUGAAACUUUAAUUAAGCCGUGUGCUUUAAAGAUGGUCAAGCGGGUUCUUGGGGAGGCAAAUGAACGAAAGAUUCAGCAGAUUUCCUUGUCAGAGUGUCGUCUGAAACGGAGAAUCAGUGAAAUGUCAGAUGAUAUCAUGGAACAAAUGAUACAGGAGAUUAAAUCGCCUCCAACUGGAAUGUUUGCAAUACAGUUGGACGCGUCAACGGAUGUGAGUUCUUGUGCAUAG